GGCCGAGAGGAGAGGGGGCUGCGGCGGGAGCGCAGGACGCCGUUCCUGGAAUGUGGAACUGGAAAUUCUCUAGCUUCCCCUCUACCAGCUUCUCGUGGACCGACAUUGCCAGCUAAAGAAAGGCUGUGAAUCCGCAUCCCAGCCCAUCAGUCCUUCUCCUGAUUCCCAUGAUGAGUUCACCAGUGCAGUCCGAUGGGGUGGCUGGACGAGAGCAGCUCUUGGCUCAGCAGAGAAUGCACAGUAUGAUCAGCUCAGUUGAUGUAAAGUCAGAGGUUCCUGUGGGCCUGGAGCCCAUCUCGCCUUUAGACCUAAGGACAGACCUCAGGAUGAUGAUGCCCGUGGUGGACCCUGUGGUCCGUGAGAAGCAACUGCAGCAGGAGUUACUCCUCAUCCAGCAACAGCAGCAAAUCCAGAAGCAGCUCUUGAUCGCAGAGUUUCAGAAACAGCAUGAGAACUUGACACGGCAGCACCAGGCUCAGCUUCAGGAGCACAUCAAGUUGCAACAGGAACUUCUAGCCAUAAAACAGCAACAAGAACUGCUAGAAAAGGAGCAGAAACUGGAGCAGCAGAGGCAAGAACAGGAAGUAGAGAGGCAUCGCAGAGAACAGCAGCUUCCUCCUCUCAGAGGCAAAGAUAGAGGACGAGAAAGGGCAGUGGCAAGUACAGAAGUAAAGCAGAAGCUUCAAGAAUUCCUGUUGAGUAAAUCAGCAACAAAAGACACUCCAACUAAUGGAAAAAAUCAUUCCGUGAGCCGCCAUCCCAAGCUCUGGUACACGGCUGCCCACCACACGUCAUUGGAUCAAAGCUCUCCACCCCUGAGUGGAACGUCUCCAUCCUACAAAUACACAUUACCAGGAGCGCAAGAUGCAAAGGAUGAUUUCCCUCUUCGAAAAACUGCCUCUGAGCCCAACUUGAAGGUGCGGUCCAGGUUAAAACAGAAAGUGGCAGAGAGGAGAAGCAGCCCCUUACUCAGGCGGAAGGAUGGAAAUGUUGUCACUUCAUUCAAGAAGCGAAUGUUUGAGGUGACAGAAUCCUCAGUCAGUAGCAGUUCUCCAGGGUCUGGCCCCAGUUCACCAAACAAUGGGCCAACUGGUAAUGUUACUGAAAAUGAGACUUCGGUUUUGCCCCCUACUCCUCAGGCUGAGAAAAUGGUUUCACAGCAACGCAUUCUAAUUCACGAAGAUUCCAUGAACCUGCUCAGUCUUUAUACCUCUCCCUCUUUGCCCAACAUUACCCUGGGACUUCCAGCAGUGCCAGCCCAGCUGAAUGCUUCAAAUUCACUCAAAGAAAAACAGAAGUGUGAGACCCAGACACUCAGGCAAGGCGUUCCUCUGCCUGGGCAGUAUGGGGGCGGCAUCCCGGCAUCUUCAAGCCAUCCCCAUGUCACUUUGGAGGGAAAGCCCAACAGCAGCCACCAAGCUCUCCUGCAGCAUUUAUUAUUGAAAGAACAAAUGCGACAGCAAAAGCUUCUUGUGGCUGGUGGAGUUCCCUUACAUCCUCAGUCUCCCUUGGCAACAAAAGAGAGAAUUUCACCUGGCAUUAGAGGUACCCACAAAUUACCCCGUCACAGACCCUUGAAUCGAACCCAGUCUGCACCUUUGCCUCAGAGCACAUUGGCUCAGCUGGUCAUUCAGCAGCAACACCAGCAAUUCUUAGAGAAGCAGAAGCAAUACCAGCAGCAGAUCCACAUGAACAAGCUGCUUUCGAAAUCUAUUGAACAACUGAAGCAACCGGGCAGUCACCUCGAGGAAGCGGAGGAAGAGCUUCAGGGGGACCAGGCGAUGCAGGAAGACAGAGCGCCCUCUAGUGGCAACAGCACUAGGAGUGACAGCAGUGCUUGUGUGGAUGACACAUUGGGACAAGUUGGGGCUGUGAAGGUCAAGGAGGAACCAGUGGACAGUGAUGAAGAUGCUCAGAUCCAGGAAAUGGAAUCUGGGGAGCAGGCUGCUUUUAUGCAACAGCAGCCCUUCCUGGAGCCGCAGCACGCACGUGCGCUCUCGGUGCGCCCAGCUCAGCUGGCCGCGGAUGGCGUGGACGGAUUAGAGAAACAUCGUCUUGUCUCCAGGACUCAUUCCUCCCCUGCUGCCUGCAUUUUACCUCACCCAGCAAUGGACCGCCACCUCCUGCCUGGCUCUGCAACUGGAAUUGCCUAUGAUCCUCUGAUGCUGAAACACCAGUGCAUUUGUGGCAAUUCCACCACCCACCCUGAGCAUGCUGGACGCAUACAGAGCAUCUGGUCACGGCUGCAAGAAACUGGGUUGCUAAAUAAAUGUGAGCGAAUUCAAGGUCGAAAAGCCAGCCUGGAGGAAAUACAGCUUGUUCAUUCUGAACAUCACUCACUGUUGUAUGGCACCAACCCCCUGGAUGGACAGAAGCUGGACCCCAGGACACUACUAGGUGACUCUUCUCAAAAGUUUUUUUCUUCAUUACCUUGUGGUGGACUUGGGGUGGACAGUGACACCAUUUGGAAUGAGCUGCACUCGUCCGGUGCUGCACGCAUGGCUGUUGGCUGUGUCAUCGAGCUGGCUUCCAAAGUGGCCUCAGGAGAGCUGAAGAAUGGAUUUGCUGUUGUGAGGCCCCCAGGCCAUCACGCUGAAGAAUCCACAGCCAUGGGGUUCUGCUUUUUUAAUUCAGUUGCAAUUACCGCCAAAUACUUGAGAGACCAACUAAAUAUAAGCAAGAUAUUGAUUGUAGAUCUGGAUGUUCACCAUGGAAAUGGUACACAGCAGGCCUUUUAUGCUGACCCCAGCAUCCUGUAUAUUUCACUCCAUCGCUAUGAUGAAGGGAACUUUUUCCCUGGCAGUGGAGCCCCAAAUGAGGUUGGAACAGGCCUUGGAGAAGGAUACAAUAUAAAUAUUGCCUGGACAGGUGGCCUUGAUCCCCCCAUGGGAGAUACUGAGUACCUUGAAGCGUUCAGGACUAUAGUGAAGCCUGUGGCCAAAGAGUUUGAUCCAGACAUGGUCCUGGUUUCUGCUGGAUUUGAUGCAUUAGAAGGCCACGCCCCUCCUCUGGGGGGCUACAAAGUGACAGCAAAAUGCUUUGGUCAUUUGACGAAGCAAUUGAUGACACUGGCUGAUGGACAUGUGGUGUUGGCUCUAGAAGGAGGACAUGAUCUCACAGCCAUCUGCGAUGCAUCAGAAGCCUGUGUAAAUGCCCUUCUAGGAAAUGAGCUGGAGCCACUUGCAGAAGAUGUUCUCCAACAAACUCCGAAUAUGAAUGCCGUUAUUUCUUUACAGAAGAUCAUUGAAAUUCAAAGCAAGUACUGGAAGUCGGUAAGGACGGUGAGUGUGCCGAGGGGCUGCGCUCUGGCUGGGGCGCAGUUGCAAGAGGAGACAGAGACCGUUUCUGCCCUGGCCUCCCUGACGGUGGAUGUGGAACAGCCCUUUGCUCGAGAAGACAACAGAACUGCUGGUGAGCCUAUGGAAGAGGAGCCAGCCUUGUGAAGCGCCAAGUCCUCCCCAGCCUUCCCAACCCCCAAUAUUUCCUGUGUGUGACAUCAUUGCAUAUCCCCCCCGCCACCCCAGCACCCUCAGACAUGUCUUGUCUGCUGCCUGGGUGGCACAGAUUCCAUGGAACAUAAACACUGGGCACAAAAUUCUGAACAGCAGCUUCACUUGUUCUUUGG